ACGCCCCCGACAGAGAGGAUCCUCCUGCUGUGGUUGUUUUCCCAUGUUAGCCAAUUAGCAACCUAGCAUGCAAUUUGAGGUCUGGCGCCUUGAGUGAAUAGUGCAUUUUAAUUUAUCAUUCAAAUCCUAACCUUACACGAUUCAACAUUUGAGAGCGGUUUUACCAGGCUUCACAGGCUUUGAUUUCUCGGCGGAGGAGAAAGAAGUGAUCCGGAGUGUGUUGCGGGAUUCCACCGCAGUGAGGAGCAUGCGUACAUAAUGAAGCGGCGCUUGGAGGAUCAGGACACCGUGAUCGGCUCUCAGCGGCAGCUCCCCGGGGGUGUGGACGGCUUUCAGCACCGCGUCCUUAACUCUGCCUCCUCCCUCUACGAGACUGCACCAGACAACAUGCAGCCUUCGUCCAGCAUGCAGUACUCUGUCUCACAGACCUAUCAGUUAUCAGUGGCCCAGAGUUCUGGUGGACAUGGACAUACCAGCAGUUCAGCUGUGCACACUGGGCCUCAUCACCAUGGGCCAGCUGUCCAGCCUGUGGGCCAGGGUCAUGCUCAUGCUACCCCUACCCUUACCCCUGCCCCUGCCCCAACACUGGGUCAGCAGCAGUUUCAAAGGCUCAAGGUUGAAGAUGCUCUUUCCUAUUUGGAUCAAGUUAAACUUCAGUUUGGCAAUCAGCCGCAGGUCUACAAUGACUUCCUGGAUAUCAUGAAGGAGUUCAAGUCUCAAAGCAUUGAUACACCAGGUGUGAUCAGCAGAGUCUCCCAGCUCUUCAAGGGCCAUCCAGACCUCAUCAUGGGCUUCAACACCUUCCUGCCUCCUGGCUACAAGAUUGAGGUUCAGACCAAUGAUCUGGUUAAUGUGACCACUCCCGGCCAGAUCCACCACAUCACCCCACAUGGUAUCUCUGUUCAAAACCUUCCCAUAACCCAGCCAGCGCAGCACCAGACUCAAACAGCAGCUCCCACCAGCACUGCAGCCUUGGUCAUCCCUAGCCAGCCAACCCCUGCCAAGAUUAGCAAGCCAGUGCAGUCUCCUGCACUUACCCCAACGAGCCAGCCUAAUCCGUCCAUUCCCUCAUACGCCUCCCCGCGCUCGCCUUCGGUCCAGUCCCACACUCCCAUCAGCAGCAGCACUGCCGGUUCAACCCCGCUGCAGAACAACCAGCCUGUGGAGUUCAACCACGCUAUCAACUACGUGAACAAAAUCAAGAACCGCUUUCAGAACCAGCCAGAGGUCUACAAAUCCUUCUUGGAAAUUCUGCACACAUACCAGAAGGAGCAGCGUAAUGCUAAGGAGGCAGGGGGAAACUACACACCCACUCUCACAGAGCAGCAGGUCUAUGCUCAGGUGGCCCAGCUUUUCAAGAGCCAAGAGGACCUUCUUUCAGAAUUCGGCCAGUUCCUGCCAGAUGCUAACAGUUCAGUGGUGGGUUUUGAGAUCUGGCCUGUUGAGAUCUGUGGUAAUAAUAUCUAUAUUAUUAUAUCUGUAAUAUCUCACUUGGUGUUUCUCUCUUAUCCUCAGUUAUUGAGUAAGACUACAGCUGAGAAGGCUGAAGCUGUGCGUAUUGAUCAUGGGGUGACCGUAAAGAGACCUCAACUGAACAAUAAGCAGAGGUUUAAUCAGAAUGGAUGUCCAAUUCGUAGACAUCCAGGGCUGCCCACUACGCCCCCUGUUAAGAAAAAGCAAAAAUUGGGAAUGGGAAAAGACCAUUCGCUGGCUGAAGCCAGUAAACUUGGAAUUGGUGCUGAAUCUCUCUUUUUUGAAAAGGUGCGGAAAGCUCUGCGGAGUUCAGAGGCUUACGACAAUUUCUUGCGCUGUUUGGUCAUCUUCAAUCAAGAAGUGAUCUCACGGGCUGAACUUGUGCAGCUGGUCUUACCAUUUUUGGGGAAAUUUCCUGAGCUUUUUACAUGGUUCAAGAACUUCCUCGGCUACAGAGAGUGUGCCCAUAUUGAGAGCUUUCCCAAAGAGCGAGCCACUGAAGGCAUUGCAAUGGAAAUUGAUUAUGCAUCCUGCAAAAGAUUGGGCUCCAGUUACAGAGCCCUUCCCAAAAGCUUCCAGCAGCCUCGAUGUACAGGCAGGACUCCAUUGUGCAAAGAGGUGUUGAAUGAUACAUGGGUGUCAUUUCCAUCUUGGUCUGAGGACUCAACCUUUGUCAGCUCCAAAAAGACCCAGUACGAAGAGCAUAUAUAUAGAUGUGAAGAUGAGCGAUUUGAGCUUGAUGUGGUUCUGGAGACAAACCUCGCCACCAUCCGUGUUCUGGAGGCUGUUCAAAAGAGGCUCUCGCGCAUGACGGCUGAGGAACAGGCCAAGUUCCGGCUGGACAACACCAUCGGAGGCUCCUCUGAGGUCAUCCAUCGUAAAGCUAUUCAGAGGAUAUAUGGUGAUAAAGCUCCAGACAUCAUAGAUGGGCUUAAGACGAACCCUGCUGUCUCUGUACCUAUUGUACUCAAAAGGCUGAAAACUAAAGAAGAAGAGUGGCGAGAGGCACAGCGUGGCUUCAAUAAGAUCUGGAGGGAACAGAAUGAGAAGUAUUACCUGAAGUCUUUAGAUCACCAAGGUAUUAACUUCAAACAGAACGACACAAAGGUGUUUCGCUCCAAAAUGCUGCUCAAUGAAAUCGAGACUCUUUAUGAUGAGCGGCAAGAGCAGGCUUCAGAAGACAAUGCCGCCCCUCCGUCAGGUCCUCACAUGACCAUCAUGUACGAGGACAGCCAGAUCCUGGAAGACACGGCUGCUCUCAUCAUCCACCAUGUGAAGAGGCAGUCCGGCAUCCACAAAGAGGACAAGUACAAAAUCAAACAGAUCAUAUACCAUUUCAUUCCCGACAUGCUGUUCGCCCGACGCGGCGAGCUUUCUGAUGUGGAGGAGGAGGAAGAAGAGGAGACCGAACCAGAUGAAGACGGGACUAAAAAGCACAAUGGGACGACGUCAACGAAGUCUAAGCUCCUCUUCAGCCAUACAGCAGCUACCCAGCAGAAGCUGAGUAAUUGUGACGAUGCCUACAACCUCUUCUAUGUCAACAAUAACUGGUACAUCUUUCUGCGGCUGCACCAGAUCCUGUGCUCCCGACUGCUACGGAUCUACACGCAGGCGGAAAAACAGAUAGAGGAAGAUGCCAGAGAGAGAGAGUGGGAAAGAAACACGUUGGGAGUGAAAAGAGAGAAGAACGACAGCCCGGCCAUCCAGCUGCGUUUGAAGGAACCCAUGGACAUCGAUGUUGAAGACUACUACUCCGCCUUCUUAGAGAUGGUGCGAAACCUCCUGGAUGGCAACAUGGAGACAUCUCAGUACGAGGACCAGCUUAGGGAAAUGUUUACCAUCCAUGCCUACAUUGCCUUCACCAUGGACAAACUCAUCCAGAGUAUAGUGAGACAGCUCCAGCAUAUAGUAAGCGAUGAGGUCUGUGUACAGGUGACUGAUCUUUUCCUUAGCGAGUUUGCCAACAAAGCCACCGGUGGGUCCCUGUCCACCCAAGCUUCUAGAGGAAGUGCCGAAUCAGCCUACCAGCGCAAAGCUGAGCAGCUGAUGUCUGACGAGAACUGUUUUAAGUUAUUGUUCCAGAAGUCUAAAGGGACUGUGCAGCUGGCCGUAGAGCUUUUGGACACAGAGGAGGAGAACUCGGAUGGACCUGUGGAUACUGAGCGCUGGCCCGACUACGUGGAGCGAUAUCUGAACACCAGCUCGGCAUCUCCAGAGCUGCGAGAGCAUCUCUCCCAGAAGCCUGUGUUUCUACCCAGGAACCUGAGGCGAGUGCGGAAGUGCCAGAGAGGUCAGGAGAUGCAGGUGAGAGAGGCCAAAGAAACAGCCAAGAAAUCCUCCGAGGGCGGCGAGGACUCAAAAAUGGAGUGCAUGUUUAAGCUCAACUCCUACAAGAUGGUGUACGUCUUCAAGUCGGAGGACUACAUGUACAGACGCACUGCACAGCUGAGAGCGCAUCAGUCACAUCAGAGAGUAAGCACUCGUCUGCAUCAGCGCUUUCAGUCGUGGCUAGACAGGUGGAGGAAAGAGCAUGUGACCAGUGACAUGGCGGCCGCCGCUUACACGUGGCUGAUGGGCGAGGGCCUGGAGGGGCUACUGCCCUGCAGAACCGUCUGUGAACCCAAGAUCCUCCACUUCCAGAACAUCAACAAAUACAAAGUCACCUACAGCACUACGUUGUAAAGCUCAAGUUUUUAAGAGAAGGGAGGGCUUUUCCCUCCAUUUUAUGUUGUUUUUACGAUGACUGAAGUAGCACUGAAAUUAAAAUCUGACCGCUGUUGAGUUCUUUGAAAAAUGCUCAAUUUCUUUCCUUUCUUUUUGUUUUUUUUUACCUUUUUUAAAUUUUUGAUUGCCGUCUCCCCCCAUCCCCCCUGGACUUUAUACUCCGUUGUUUAGUGACCUUCAAUCAUGAGGGCAAGAAAACACUUCUUGCAAAUGCUGCAGCUCUAGUCAGACUUGUAUUCGAUUUCCAAGAAGACAGGAAUCGGUUUUGUCUUUUUGAGCAGCUUUUUGUGAAAAGGAUGGUUUACAAAUGCAGGUCAAGAUCAUGCCCAAUUUUUUCUCUGUUUUUUUUUUUCAUCUCUUCAAGGUGAAUAGUAGUUUAUUAGCAAUAUUAUGUCUUCUGUGGUUCAACUGUUCAAAUGAGAGAAAAUCACAAAUCGGUUUUUAAAAAAGUCUCCAUGUUUGAGGCUAUGCAGCUAAACCACGACUGGUGAUGUGAAUUUCCCAAGUGUAUUGUUCGCAAUAUACAUGAAAUGUAAUCAAGGUCUCUUUUCACAGGUUAAUUACAGCACCAUUAAUGAAGGUAUUACCAUUAAUUAAUAGACAUCUAAGAUACCAGCCACAAUGUGUCAAUCAGGAAAACCAGAAAUAAGUACAGUCACGAAAGCUCUUGUGAUGUAAAUACGAUGUAUAUAUGCCAGACUGUUUAUAUUCAGACAACAUUCACUGUUACGUAGUUCAGUUUUUAGGCUUCUUUAUCAGCUUAGUGGAGGAGGCUAAUGCUGGGAUGUUUAAGAAAACACUUUAUGACUAUUCUUACCAAAGGGAGUACUUGUUUAAAGUGUUUCGUCUGGUCACUCUGUCUCCUCUCGUUAUGUAGUCAUGAAAAUGUUCGUUUUCGACAGCUUCAAGUUUGUCCAGAACCUGAGAUGUUGAAUAGGAUGAUGCUAUAUUUGGCCCCUUAUCUGAACAUGUAUUCAAAUUUGUGAUAUCACUGCCUGUGUUCUGAGUAGAACUUAGAAACAAACCUGUUUGGUCCCAUUUUGCCCUCUUGUACCGAGAAGUCUGGAAAUGUAACUUGGGGCACAUUUGUAUGUGCUUUAAGGCUUUGGUUUAUGCUGACAAAUAUGUAAAACAUAUUUAAAGAAGGCAAUGACAGCAUGUUUCUAUGUUCUCAUGUACAGCCUUUUAUAUUAUUCAUUAUUGUUUUAAAGAUUGAAAUAAAACAGAAUUGUAGUAGAUUA